CUUAAAAGGAGAGCACACACAGGGAGACAAUGUUACAAGACUAUUAUUCUCUCUCACACACAUUCACAGAUAAAGUUUAGCCAUCAUAUAGUUGGUUCCUGGGCUGUAAACCUACCAACUUCCUGAUCCAUGCUCCAAGGGACAGAUCUAGGAUCAGCUCACCCUCGUCAAAACCAAACCAGGACCUUAAUAAUCCACAAAGGUAGAAAACUGACCUUAGACCAGCAUUUAAACCCCAUGUCUUUCUGCCCAGACACUGCUCUCCAUCCAGAGUUCUCAGCUGUCCACCCGUCUAUCCAUCCAUUCAUCCCUCCACACCCCAGCCAACCAGCCAUGGGUCUGAUGAGUGAAGACAUGAAUUGCUGCGUCUGCUUCCAACCCUACUCUCGCAGGGAGAAUAUCCCUCGUGUGCUCCACUGCGAACACACCUUCUGUGGGCCGUGCUUGGAGGCGAUCUCCAGGCUCCAUAGUGGCCUACUCACCGUGUGCUGCCCUCUGUGCCGCUGGAUCACCUGUUGCCGGGCCAGCCUACCCAUUGCUGGUUCUCUGUUUGUUAACACUGAGAUCUGGGACCAGAUAGCAGGCAGACAACAGGAAGAGGAGGAGAAGGAGGCGUGGAUAGGAGAUAACAGACAGACACAGACCUCCACACAGUACAAAUGCUCUUCAUUGGACCAUUCUGGUGUGAGGAUCAAGCUACAGAGUUUCUGGAGGAGAAUGAGGCACAAUGGUCAGAGAGCACUAAAAGAAGGGAAGAAAUUAAGGUCUUGCUUGUGUUUUGAUAGAUGAUGUCACCAGGGGCGAAAAUCUGAUAUCAACUUUGGAGGGGACAAUUACAUUACAUUUUCUCAAGAGCAAUUCCUGAGGGGGACACCAAAAGUAGUGCUGUAACACAUAGCCUACAUUGUAAUAUGGUAAAUGUAUAUUGAGGAACCAAAGAAAUAAGGUGUUUGCCGUACUCCUAACUACCGGUACCCAAAACUACACAACUACUUACAACAGCAAUACCAUUGCCUUUAACAAAUCUUAGUUCAGUCACCAGUUUAAGUUG